GCGUCGUCGCUUUCCAUCGCUGGCUUGCAGCUGCUCUUAAGCCGCUCCACGAGCGUGGCCGUUCUGCCCCGCCAUUGCUCUCCUCUCUCCAGCUCGAACCCGUCAAGCUAGCAAGCAAUCGGAGCAGUGAGGCUGAUCUCGUCCUAGCGGCCAUGGACGGCCAGAAGAUCCCAGGUUCUGUCAGGCUGGCCUGCGGAUGGGUGCUCCUCAGCGCCUGCGCCAUGGCCUUGGUCCACUACACCCUCUCCUGCAGCCAGGCCAUGACCUGCAAGUGCGAUGCGCUGACGGACACCAAGGCCGCCUGCUUCAGCGCCCUCUGGAUCGGGACUCUGUGCUGCGCUGGAUCCCAGGCAACCGCGGCGGCGCUGGCGCUGCUGCUCCCACGCCGGCCCCGCUGGGUCACCCGUGAACUGGCCAACUUCGCGGUCGCGGUCGCCAGCGCCGGCCACUGCAUGUUCCACGGCGCCAUCUACAUCCUCCACCCAGGAGUCUACUUCGCACUGGCCUCGAUCCUGUUCAUGCUGGGCGACAUCAUCUGCGGCAUGGCUCUCUACCUGGUAGGUGAGGACUGAGGAGUAGGGCAAGCAGCACGCACCACGCAGCCACGCUUAGUUGAGCUAGCUGCAUGAGAUUAUGUGUGAUUAUGUGCAUGUAUCAGCUCGUGGGAAAGGUAUACUGAUGACAUCGUGGUUCUAGCUAAGGAAGAAUAAACCUGUAGAAUGCACGCAGUAUGCUGCGAGGAGAGGACUGAUCGAGUGCCGUAUGUAUGUGUGAAUCUACCAGUGUCCGGGAUUUAUGUUCAUGAACUCUUACGUAUGUCGUUUCAAGUA